AUGGCCGCCGUGAUUUCAAUAUUACAUACUGGCCUUGUAAAGUUGAUUGUUGAGGAAUUCCCAGAGAGCGAGCAUCGCUUCUGUGUUCAGCACAUAUACAACAAUUUCAAGAAGAGAUUUGUCGGAGAAAAUUUCAAAGACCGGUUGUGGGAGAUUGCCGUGAGUACCACCCUCGAACAUUACGUCGACAAGAUGGAUGCUCUGCAGACCGAGUAUCCCCAAGCACAUCAGUGGCUUUCUGGAAUUGCAUUGGCUCGAGAGAAAGCAAUUAUCAGCAUGUUGGAGGACAUUCGAACAAGUCAAAUGGAAAGGAUUCAGAUCAUAGGCCAGUGGAUCAAAAUCUACGAUCACGCAGUCCCUCCUGUUAUCAAGGAGCUUGUGGAUAAGUGGUACGCGUGGGCUUCAUCGUGGAGGGCUACAUGGAACGGACAGUCUUUGUACCAAGUAACUGGGCCGUCUGGCCAAUAUGUUGUCAACAUGCGCAAUUUUACAUGGCAGCUAUCCGGAAUCCCGUGCACUCAUGCUAUCGCAACAAUCAACAAGCAUGGCGAUGAUGUGACGCGAUACGUCUCCCGCUAUUAUUUGAAGUCAACAAUGAUCAUGCUGUGCGAGAAUGUCCUUUACCCAAUCAAUAGGGUGGACAAUUGGCCUAAGACUACUUCUGAUGGUGUGUUGGAACUGGCGCCCCCGAGGUCAAAGCAACAGCGUGGUAGGCCGAAGAAACUGAGGUGCGAGGAGCCCCAGAUUCAUCUUCAUGCGGACGGAGGUGAGUCAUUGCGAAGAACCUUCGUGAUGAAAUGCCGUCGGUGCGGUCAAGAAGGUCAUAAUAGGAGGACAUGCAGCAAUGAUCCUGGGACAGAUGCUCGUUCUCAGGUUGGGGAGACUUCGCAGCACAACGGGUCGCGUGAGCGUGGUGAGAGUACUUUGCCUGAAUCGUCAAACAAUCGCCGACGCCAAGAUCCUAAUGUUUCGGAUCCGGGACCUAGCACUCGGACCAAGACUCAGCCUUAG